AAGAAAGAGCCGCCACCCAGUUUGACAGAUGCGAUAGCGAAUAUUGACUCACGGGGCGAAAGCAUUGAUAAGAAGAUUGCACGCCUGGAUGCGGAGCUGAUCAAGUACAAGGAUCAAAUCAAGAAGAUGCGCGAAGGGCCCGGCAAAAAUCAGCUGAAGCAGAAAGCUCUGCGGUUGCUGAAGCAGAAGCGUAUGUACGAGAACCAGCGGGAUCAGCUCAGUCAGCAGUCGUUCAAUAUGGAGCAAAGCAAUUUCGCCAUCCAGGGAAUGAAGGAUACUCAAAGUACUGUAGCGGCGAUGAAGCAGGGACUGAAAACGAUGCAGACGGAAUUUAAGCACUUGGAUAUCAAUAAGAUCGAUGCCCUUCAAGAUGAAAUGGAGGAAAUGCUGGAUAUGAAUAACGAAAUUCAAGAAGCCAUGGCACGACAGUACGAAACACCUGAUAUCGAUGAGGCUGACUUGGAAGCAGAACUGGAUGCGUUGGGAGACGAAUUGGAAACUGAGACAGAUAGUACUUAUCUGGAUGAGGCACUUAACGCACCCGGUGUACCAUCGAAAGAACCAGGAGCUUCGAGCAAAGUCUGGAGACGCGAAUAA